AUGAAGCGUCCGGUGUCUCGAAGUUGUGCGUUCGCGACGCCAUUGCGAGUAGUUUGUGUGAGACACGGUUUGAGUUUGACUCACAGAGAAGGGUCGUAUGGCUGCAGAGGACCCGCUCGGUUCUCAGUGCGCGUGGCGACGAGUAUGUCGCUGGACCCUGGCAUCGUUCACAAGCUACAGUCGACACAGGCGGCCUACGAUGAUUUGACGAAAAGUCUCUCCGAUACUGCCGUUUGCGCUGAUGCGGGGGAGCUUGCCCGGUUAAUGAAGGCACGUGCGAAACUGGAGCCUAUCUGUGAAGCGUACGGUGAGUGGAAAAGGCUGCAGGAAACUAUCGCUUCGCUCUCGGAACUUUUAGAGGACGAGGAGCUUCGGGAGCUCGCGCGUUCCGAAAUGCAGGAGGCAACGUCAAAGCUGGAGGAGACUGAAGAACGGAUACGAUUUUUGCUCUUACCCCAGGAUCCGAAUGAUGAGAAAAAUAUCAUGUUAGAAAUACGAGCGGGCACUGGCGGUGAUGAGGCGUCCCUCUGGUGCGGUGACCUUGUGAACCUCUACACGCGUUAUGCACAGUCGAAAAAGUGGUCGGUAAAGCUAGUUUCGGCAAGCGCUGCAGACGUAGGAGGUUACAAGGAGUGCAUUUUGGAGAUUUCUGGAGACAAUGUGUACUCUCGUCUCAAGUUUGAGGCUGGCGUCCAUCGAGUCCAACGUGUACCGGCCACAGAAACAAUGGGUCGCGUUCACACGUCGACUGCCACAGUCGCUGUUAUGCCUCAAGUGGAUGAGAUCGAGGUCAAAAUAGACCCGAAAGAUUUGGAGAUUCAAACAGCGCGUUCCGGUGGUGCUGGUGGCCAGAACGUGAAUAAGGUCGAGACUGCUGUUGAUUUGUAUCACAAACCUAGCGGAAUUCGCGUUUUCUGUACCGAGGAAAGAAGUCAGCAGAAAAACCGAGAACGUGCGCUGCAGAUUUUACGAGCAAAACUUUAUGAAAUUCAGCUCAACGAACAGCGGGAAAAGAUUGAGGGCUUGCGAAGAUCCCAGGUGGGCACUGGUUCCCGCAGCGAGAAGAUUCGUACCUACAAUUACAAGGACGCUCGAGUAACAGAUCAUCGCCUUUCGCAGAAUUUUUCGCUCGAGAAUUUUCUGCAGGGUAAGCUCGAUGAAAUCAUUGAUGCCCUCAUUUUCGAAGACCAGCAGAGACGCAUCGAGAGCAUGAUGAUUGAUCCGGGCCCUGCAGCAGCAGAUACAGACAUGAUGCGGAGCUCGAAUGCCGUGCGUCGCUAA